AUGGAGAUUGUCGCCAAGUCCAUCGCUUCGCCAGCAACAGCUCGUGUGCUGUUGACAGGGUUGAAGCUGUGCUGGCGGGUCCUGGCUCCAGAGGUGUUUCUGCGACAGCUGGCGGCACUGGCGGUACUGAUCAUUGUGCGACACUCGCUGUGGCGAACACGCAGAUGGCUUCGGGCUCUUUCUGCCAAGAUAGCUCUUCCGAACAGUCGAAAGGUCUACAAGGAAGAGCUGAAGCAAGCCAGGAGGAAGUCUGCGGACUACAAGACCUUCCAAAGCUUGGGGGAGAAACUGGACAAAGCAGAAGGAAAGGACAAAUGGAAGCGUGAGGACAAUUCUCCACUCUUCGAUUCGCAGCACUUGCGAGAGCGUACAAAAAGGUACCGAGAAAUGAUGGCAAGAGGCGACGUGGAUGCUUGCAUGUAUGCGUUACGUGGAGAGCUUCUGAGGAAGCACUUCGGAAUUUGCAAUCCAGCGCUCUUCCAGGCAUGCAACACCGGCACGAAAGUCGUCAUAGAGGAGUACGUGGCAACGGUGUGUGAGGCCAUGGCUUGGGUUGGAUUUUCCUACAACUCCCCAUCAACACGAACAGAUCUGCAGACCAAGAAGGAUGCGAUUCACGAGCGCUUGGCCUUCUUCAACGAGACCAAGCAUGGCUUUGGUCGAAGUGCCCUUCUGCUCUCCGGCGGUGCAUCGGUGGGCAUGUACCAUUUCGGAGUGGUGAAGGCGCUGCACCUCAACGGGCUGCUCCCACGCGUCAUGAGUGGGACUUCAGCCGGAUCCAUCGUGUGCGGAGUGCUUGGCGUGAGGACCGAUGCAGAACUCAUGGAGAUGUGGGACGAUACGUUUUCCUGGUCUCAGAACUUCAGCUUGGAUUUCUUCGGAGACCUGGACGUGAACCGCUUCCUGAAAACAGGGCAGGAACUCUACUCGUCCGAGCACCUGGGGCGAAUCCUCAGGGACAACAUGGGUGAUCUGACUUUUCUGGAGGCCUUCGACAGGACCGGCCGCAUCAUCAACAUUACGGUGAGUGGCCUCCCUGGCAACACGAGGUACCCAAUGCUGCUGAACUACUUGACUAGCCCACAUGUGCUGGUGUGGGACCUUUCCGCGUUUGAGGGCUUCUGCGUCAGGGCCUUCAUGCAGGGCCUGCGCAGCAAAAUCUUGGACCACACCGGGUGUCGCUUGUUGCUUGGCCGGCUGUUGUCUUUGGCUACGGCGCGGGAAAGACACGAGGUACUGCACGGAGAAGCACCGAUCAGAGCGUCCUUCUUCAAUUGCGCACGGGCGGACGACUCGAAAGAGGCACAGAAGUUCCUACAACCUCGCUGUGAGAAAAGACGAGCUCAGAAUCUGCUCCAUCGGCUGGGCAAAGUCAGCCAGUCCCUCACGGAGGAUGAACUCCGAGCAGCCAUCGACGUGCUCGCAGAUCCGCUGGAAGGCCUGCUGCGCGACGCAGCAGAGGUCGACGCCAGAACUCUGAGCAGAUUGACGGUGUCCAUCGCCCGAGUGCAUCUGCGGUUACCAUCUGCACGGCUACAAAGACUGGCUGAAGACAGCAUCCAAUUGCUCACGCGAAGGAAGACCGCCAAUCCGCAGGACAUCGCAAAUGCUGCUUGGGCUCUGGGAAGACUGCAGUUUUCUACAAGCUCUGCAACCUUGGCAACUGAGCUGUUGGCAAAGGUCUCUGCAGAGUUCGGCGCCAUUGACUUAGCCCAGAGUCUGUGGUCCUGUGCCGCUUUAAAGCUCCACAGUCGGCUGGCCCAGCCCUUGCUUGCCGCCGCAGCGGGGAAGUGCAGUGAGUUGUCCGUCGCUGGCCUGUCCAGUGUGGUCUGGUCCGCAGCAACAUUGGCGAUGGCUGAUGUCUGGGCCUGCCAAAGGCUCGGAAACCGUGCCCAAGAGCUCGCCGACCGAUGCCGUGCGCGAGAACUCUCCAACUUGACCUGGUCUUUUGCCACACUUUGCACGUUGACUCGACCUUUGGCCAUCAGCUUUGCAGCGCUAGCCGCGGCGGGAGCUGAGAAGUUCAAGUGUCAAGAGUUGGCCAACAUCGCCUGGGCAUUUGCUUCAGCAUCUGCGCUGACCCGAAGAGAAUUGGUGCAAACCCUCAGGAGGCUGACGACGAGUGCGCAAGCACAGGCAAGCCAAUUUAAGCCACAGGAGCUCUGCAACUUCAGCUGGGCAUUGGUGGCAGCAGAAGCACCCUGCACGGAGUGGCUUGCCGCAGCUGCUGCCAUAUUUGAGAGCUCGCCGGCGCGCUUUAAUUCCAAGGACCUGGUGCAACUCACAUGGUCCUUUGCUCGCGCCUCUUCUGAGAGCACUGCCAUUGCUGGAGUGGCCAAGCAGGCAGUGCGAGAGCUGCGACAGCCGCUGAGCCUCAAGGACCUUUCAGAUUUGAUGUGGUCUUGUGCCAAGACACAAGUACGAGAGAAAGCUCUGCUACAGUCCUUCACCCAGUCGCUCCUUUCGGACGGCGCAGCGGUGUCAAGAUGCAAGCCUAUCGAACUGUCGAACUUGGCGUGGUCCAUCGUCAAGCUGGGGCUACAAGAGGAGCAAGAGUUCUUCUUGAGUGAGCUCUGUCGUUAUUCUGUCGAGAAGAUGGCGGACUUCAAACCCGUGGAGCUUGCCAACUUGUCAUACUCGCUCGCGAGGGCUUCCAUCCGUUGUGUCGGCACUUUUGCAGCUAUCGCGCGGCAGGUGGAGCAACAGCUGGAGUCGUUCACUGCCUAUGACCUCGGCUACACUGCCUGGGCAUUUGCCACCGCCAACAUUUCGAGAACAGAUCUGUUCCAUAAGAUCGCGCGGAAAUCGACAAGCAUGCUGGGUGACUUUACCGAACAAGGCUUCUCAGAUUUGGUGUGGUCCUUUGCAAUCUCAAGCGUCUUCAGCAAGGAUUUGUUCAUGGCUGUGCAGAUGCGGCUGCAUCAGGGCUUGGAUGCGCAAAUGUCUUCGCCCAGCAGGAUGAUGGAGCAUGCUGACUAUCUCAGGAGAUUGGUUUGGGCAAUGAAUUUCAGCGGCAUAUUGACCGAUCCAAUACGAGCGCAGGCCCAAAAGGCUUUCCAGGGUUUUGGUGACAAGCUGGAUGCAGAGCGGGGUUCUAGCAUCUUUGCAUGUUUCGGUCGGUCGAUUCGGAGCGGCGUCAUCUCUUCCUGCGAGCCAGGAAUCGCUUGGGAAACUUCUGGCUUAGUCGUCCUUCACAAGCCAGCCGGCUGGAAGGUGGACACCGAAGGUGAACAGCUGGAGAAGGACGAGAAUUGUCUGCUGUCAAGCUACCAGCAGGUCUUCUUUCAAGCCCGGUGUCACCCCAUCCUCCUGGACGUGAAGCACUCCAGAGGGUUUCUUCAUCGUUUGGACAUCCCGAGCUCGGGACUGGUGACCUGCACAUUGACCUACAAGGCCUUCUGGGACCUGCAGCAACAGCUGGUCACUGGAACGUUCGCGCGAGAAUAUGUGUCGUUGUGCUAUGGCUGGGCAUCGGUGGAUCUGCAACACAUCGGUGUCAACAUCUCUUGGAAUCGACGCGUGUCUUCACUGAGCAAGGUGGGGCCGCAAGGGAAGACAUCUGUCACGGAUCUCAAGGUCGUGGCACACUGUGCGCGACACGGAGAGGCGUUGAGCUUGCUACUUUUCUCCAUACGGACCGGAAGACGUCACCAGAUUCGAACACAAUCGGCUCAUCUGGGGCAUGCAGUUGUGUGCGAUGGGAAAUACACAGCUGCUGCCACAUUCAAUGCCACGCUACAGUGGUGUCAAAGGAAUUUCUUGCACCGAUGCCGACUGGCUUUCCACUCUGGAGCUGAUCACAUUGACAUCGUCGUCGCACUGCCUCGUGACCUCGAACUGGUCUUGAACGCAGUCGAUGACCGUGACCAAAUGUCAGCUUCUCACCGGCAGAAGCUGCUGAAAAGCACUCCGCAAGCCUGGGCAACAUGGCAGCGACUC